GCACACCCGCCAGGGCACACGGGCGCCGCCGCCGCCGCGGAUGCAGCAGAGACGUCGACUGAGCAGCGGGGAAUCGUGGAGUUGGUAGGGCACCCCAGAGGUCUUGUAGUCCAACCCCAAUGCUCAACGGUCUCUCUCGCCUUCUCUCACCAUCAGCGUGCAGGGCGUCCUUUGCACGUGCGAAUCCCCCCACUUGCCCCACCCCGUAGCCUCGAUCUGUGCGAGAAAGGCCUUGCACUCUGCACAUGCUCUGGACCACUCUUGCCAUCGCGAUUCUUCCCCAUGCCGGAGAGUUAACGCGUGUUCGUUCAUUCAUUCAUUCAUUUAGAAAUGUGAGCCUCGGCAUUGGCAACAGGUUCUGGAGCGGAUCCCCGGAGGAUCAAGUGUCCAGCACGCUCCGGAGAGCUGGCUGCCAGUAACCUGAGCGCUGGGGAAGCGGCUUGGGAUGCCUGAAGACCCAGCGCCCCAUCGAGGGGCAGCAAAGGCGGCCUUGGCCAUCGCCCCACCGCGCCCCAUUCAGAGCCGGACUAGGACUCCCUCGCAGGUUAAACUUUAACGCGAGGAGGGGCGCCCUCUGGCGGCCGCGAGCGGCUCCGCAGGCGCCAGCGUCCCCUGUCACUUUCGUUCUCGGUCGGUUCCCGCGGAAGAAGCUGCAGCGCUCCGGGUCGGGGGCCACCAUGGACCACCGCGGGCCGCAGAAGAUCAGCAUCGGCACAACCAUCAUGGCCGUGGAGUUUGACGGAGGGGUUGUGAUUGGAUCUGACUCCCGAGUAUCUGCAGGGCAGUCCGUGGUGAACUGCGUCUUCAACAAACUGGAGCGGCUGCACAGCCGAAUUUAUUGUGCCCUCUCUGGCUCGGCAGCGGAUGCCCAGGCCAUUGCCGACAUGGUGAACUACCAGCUAGAGCUGCACAGCUUGAACGUGGAGGGUCCUCCGCUGGUCCUGGCCGCAGCCACCUUGGUGAAAAACAUCAGCUACAAGUACAAGGAGGAGUUUUCGGCUCACCUCAUGGUGGCAGGAUGGGACCCCAAGAAAGGCGGGCAGGUGUACGGGACUCUUGGCGGGAUGCUGACCCGACAGCCUUUUGCGAUUGGCGGAUCCGGGAGCACCUACAUUUACGGCUACGUGGACUCUGCCUACAAGCCAGGAAUGAGCCGGGAGGAAUGCCGCCAGUUCACCAUGAACGCCAUUGCCCUCGCCAUGUGCCGGGACGGAUCCAGCGGGGGCGUCAUUUACCUCGCCACCAUCACCAAAGAGGGUGUCAAGGAGGAAGUUGUCGUGGGAGACGAAAUUCCCAAGUUCUACGACGAAUGAAUUUGCUCCCCUCCCCCCCUUUUUUUAUUCCCGUUAGUGGAGGGCAGCCCAUUUGGACAAGGGGGCACUGCCCCACCUCCCUUCCUUCUUACUUACAGCAGCCUGCCUUUGGCUCUGGCUCCCCCUAGUGUUGGCCUCCCUGUCUCCUGCCUUAUCUGUCUCAAUGUGCACCACCCUCCGCUGACAGUAAUAAACUUUGCUAGAGAAAAAC